UUUUUCUGGAUCUAUUUCAUACUUUUUGGCGAUGUCCGUUCAGUGGGAGAAGAUAUUCCCGUCCACUACGACAUGCUUAUGUGACACUUCGUCUAUCUCAAAAUGCUAUGUCAGCUCAAUCUCUCGAAGAUGCUCAUAGGGGUAGGGGUGCUUGCGUAUAUUAAUGAGUGCAUCUUCGUGUAUGUGAACGACUUUGAUUGUACUAUGCUAAAAAAAACUCCAAACUGAUUUCCACUAGAGAAAUCAUCACAGAGGACAACAGAAAUGAUACUUUGGGAAUUCUCAAGAAAUAGUGAAAUACUAUAAAUAGUAGUAGCACCUGGGCUAUAAAUUACUAGGAAAAUAGAACACUAAGCCAUCGCACUAGAAAGUUUGCUCAAUACAUCAAACAAGCUAGUUAGCCAUGGCUCAAGUUCUUCACAGCCCCCAUGAGCAUGCGUCUCCCCAAGUCCUUGUGUUCAUCGUAUGCCCUCUUGUCCUCCUCCUCAUCGUUCGGUUUGCCACAUCCACAACAACCACAAGGAGAGCAGACAAGCUGCUCGACCGACUCCCAUCGCCUCCCAACAAGCUCCCUCUCAUCGGCCACCUCCACCUCGUCGGCUCACUGCCCCACAUUUCCCUCCGCAAUCUCGCCGAGAAGCAUGGCCCCGAUGUCAUGCUUCUACGCCUUGGCGCCAUCCCCAGCCUCGUUGUGUCAUCCGCUCGUGCAGCCAUGGCAGUUCUUCGCACGCACGACCAUGUGUUUGCGUCCCGGGUGCAGUCCGCCAUGACUGACAUCCUCUACUAUGGAUCAACUGAUAUGGGCUUCUCCCCAUAUGGGGAUUACUGGCGCCAGAUUAGAAAGAUCACAGCAACACAUCUUCUCAGUUCCAAGAAAGUUGGUUCCUACCGUCUCGCCCGUGAAAACGAGGUACAAGACGCUAUGGCGAGGAUCCGCGCGGCAGCCGCCAGGAGCACUGCAGUGGACCUUAGUAAGCUGCUUAGCUCCUUCACCACUGAUAUUGUUUGCCAUGCUGUGUCGGGCAAGUCCUUCAGAGGCGGCGGUCGAAACGAGUUGUUCCGCGAGCUGGUAGAGACUAGCUCGAAGCUCAUAGGUGGGUUCAACCUGGAGGACUACUUCCCCAAGUUGGCAAGGCUGGACGUGGUAAGGAGGAUGGUGUGUGCUAGGGCGGAGAGAAUAAAGAAGAAAUGGGAUGACUUGCUUGAUGAGAUCAUCAACGACCACGCCAAGAACACGAUGUUGGACCAUGAAAUCAACCAAGACAGAGAGACAGAUUUCAUCGAUGUGUUGCUAUCCAUUCAACAAGAGUACAACCUCACGAGAGAAAACGUCAAGGCCGUGUUGGUGGACAUGUUCAUAGGUGGGACAGACACAUCAUUCAUAGUGUUGGAUUGUGCAAUGGCUGAGCUAAUCCAAAAUCCAGAGGUGAUGACCAAGCUCCAAGCUGAGGUGAGGAGCGUAGCAGAGGGGAAGGAAAUGGUUACAGAAGAGGAUCUGAAUGGCAUGAUCUACCUGAAGGGUGUUAUCAAAGAGACUCUCCGGCUACACAGUCCUGUGCCGCUAUUCCUGCCCCACCUCUCCAUGGCCGACUGCGACAUAGAGGGAUACACCAUACCAUCUGGUACCCGUGUGAUCAUCAAUGGAUGGGCUCUAGCAAGGGACCCUGCCUACUGGGAGAGCGCAGAGGAGUUCAUGCCCGAGCGCUUCAUGGAAAAUGUUGGAAGCACCAUGAUUCAUGACUUCAAGGGAAGCAAUUUUCAUUAUUUGCCUUUUGGCACUGGGCGAAGGGUGUGCCCAGGUAUGAACUUUGGAAUGGCCACUGUUGAGAUAAUGUUGGCAAACCUCAUGUACCACUUCAACUGGGAUCUACCUGCAGCAACAGUAAAAAUCAAUAUGACAGAGUCCUUCGGCGUCACAAUGGGUCGCAAGGAAAAUCUCAUUCUUGUCCCUGCACUUGCGCAAAAACAAGUUUAAUCGGGAUCAUGCUAUAUAAGACUGCAGUGUCCGUUGGAUGUAUGCUUGAUUACCUACUUGUCAGAUUGCAAUCACUAUUGUUGUAUGCAUAGAUAUUGUGCCUUUGUGGUAAGCAUUCUCACUCGCAAAAAAAAAGUUGUAAGCAUUAACAUAUGGGUUUGAGAGUGCACUAUGAUAUAUUGAAAUAAUGGUCGGAAAAGGCCGAGGAAAAAGUUGUUUACACGAUCCCGUCACUGGCAUGCAAUCGUCGCUGAGAUGGACCUGGAGCUGCUUGUUGUUGCACUAAUAGCAAUUAAUCUCUCCAAGUUCCCAGCAGCGCUGAGUUGUUUUACAUUAUUUGUGUGGCUUGCAGGGUACAGUUUUGAUUUUUGCAGUUGUAAGUAUUUCAUGUAAUGAGAGCCAAAAAAGACCAAAAACAUAUUGCUAUUUUUUUCUUUUUACUUUACUCUCUUACGAAAAAUAUAAUAUGAAAUAAAAUUACGGGAAAAAAUUAGGAGUCUAAAACAUUAAGGACUGGCUCAGUAGUUUCUGUUUGCUAUAUUGUGCACAUCUUAGAAGAAUACUAUGUAAGUUGCCUGAAAUUUAAACUUGGGUAAGUAAAUUUUUUAACCGUUGAUUCUUUUGUCAAGAUUUGUGCUGUUUUUUUCCUUUUGUCAAUUUUCAGGGCUUCCGGGGCUGAAGAUAUUUCUAUUGGGCUUGAAACCCGUUACUCAUUGCCAAUUUUAUUUCUAUUUGUAUUAGUUUUUCUUUCGUUUAUGUUUUCUUCUCCGUUCGGUUUUAUUUUUCUAUGUUGAUAUUUUUGGGAUGUUGAGUGUGUGUGAAUAUAUACACACAAGUACUAUACAAUAGGAGUACGUGUGUAAAUUAUACUAGUGUGUGAAAAUUCAAUAUUAUAUGCUUAUUCUUCGCAUAUAACAAAAGGUACAAUUUCAAUGUAAAGCUGUGUGCAAGUUCUUUUUCUCUUGAAGGGUAAUACCAGUGCCCCUAAUUCGUUCGUGAAAAAUCCAGUAUUAUAUAUUCUUGCAUAAUAUAGAAAAGCACAUUUUUUGUGUAAAUUGUGUGCAAAUAUUUUCAUUAUUUUUAUUUCAUUUUCUUUCUUCUUAAAGGAUAAUGCCAAUGUCACUAAUUCAUUCUUUCUUAGAAAACUUUAUUAUUUUGAUUUGUUUAAGUUUUUGUUUCAUUUCCUUUUUUCUUGAAGGGUAAUACCAAUGCCACUAAUUCAUUCUUUCUUAUUCUGUAAAACUUCUACUAGUGUAUGCUUAUUCUCUUGCAUAUUAUUUAAAAAACAUAGUUUCUAUGUAAAUUUUGUGUAAAUUUUAUCAUUACUUGUUUUAUUUAUUUAUCUUUGUUCUUAAAGGGAAAUACCAAUGCCACAAAUUUAUUCUUUCUUAGACAGCUUCUUAUUUUUAUUUUCCUUAGUUUUAUUUCAUUUUCUUCUUCUUUAAUGGUAAUGCCAAUACUAAUUCAUUCCUUCUUAGAAACUCCUUUUUGGUAAAAAAAAAUCCACUAUAAUAUACUUAUUUUGCAUGUUUAAAGAAAGCGUAGUUUCUUUGUAAAUUGUGUGUAAAUUUUGUUAUUAUUUGUUUUAUUUUUUCAUUUUCUUUAUUCUUAAAGCGUAAUACCAAUGUCAGUAAUUCAUUCAUUCUUACUCCCUCUGUUUCUAAAUAUAAGUCCUUUUACAGAUUUCCCUGGGGACUACAUAAGGAUGUAUAUACACAUAUUUUAGAGUGUAGAUUCACUCAUGUUGCUCCGCAUGUAGUUCAUAUUGGAAUCUCUAAAAAGACUUAAAUUUACGAACUGGGGGAGUAGAAAAAUUUUGUCAUUAUUUAGUAUUAUUAUUUUCCUUCUUCUUAAAGGAUAAUACCAAUGCCACUAAUUCAUUCUUACUUAGAAAAUUUUAUUAUUUGAUUUUGUUUUACCUUUUAUUUAAUUUUUCUUCCUAUAGAAAACUACACACAUUAUAGGCAUGCCUACUCCUUUCACCAUGCUCAUGCGAAGAUUAACUGAACUCUAACUUUGUACAUAUAUGCAGACCUCGUAACACAAUUAAGUUUCAUUGGAUCGGUCGAUCAAAACUCACACAUACAUGAUAUAUCUAUUAACUCCAACACUUUUGUGUAGUUUCCAAGAUCUGUUCAACAAAAUAUACUACUAUAGUUAGCUAGCGUGUGCACUGGAGUACUAUUUUGCAUGGAGACAAGUUUUGGAUGGAAAUUUGAUGUUGAAAAUGAUACAUUCUUGAAGGUUUUUCUGGGUUUUUUUUUUUUUUGAAUUCCCACGUAUCAAAGGACCAGGCUCAAAGUGAGAGUAUGCAUUUAUGCAUGUGUGUCGACCGGCCAGAAAGAGAAAGCCCUUGGACAGAGAACACGCGAGGAAAAAAAAGGACACGCUUAUGGAGGAGACGGUCGCAUGUGGGGAGCACCCUGCCAUCUAGCUCCUGUGCAGGUGUGAACGUGUGUGUUGAUCCGACGGGGGACUUUCCAGCGUGGUUGAUCGAACGGUCGGGAAAGAAUUAUGCUAAUGAGAAAAGUGGACUGGCCUAAAUAUUAAUUUCAGUCAGUUGAUCCCUUAGGAGAUAACAUUGGAGAUGCCUUUAGGGCAUAGAACCUGCUGCCCGCAGGACAACGUAGGAUGGGAGCCAGGUUAAAACUAAAAGCUAUAACUACAGCCUGCAGGUUGUGGUUUAGCAUGCAAAAGAGCCGACCUCUUCAGAUGUGAAAGCUGGUAGAAAGGAGAUAAGGAUUAAAAUUCAAAGAGUUGAAGAACUGGAUUUUUUUUUUUGGAAAUCUAAGACGCUCAAACGUGCAUGUAAAACUCCGUGACGAGAUGACAUGCAGCAACAUGAGUGAAUCUGCACUCUAAAAUGCAUCUACAUACAUCCAUAUGAGAUUUUUUCCUUUUUUGUUUUUCCCACAUAUAACAUAUCUUGAAGUUCAAAACUAUGCAGCAUGGCAAAGCAUUCUAACUAGAAUUUAGGAUAAAUCUUUCAGAAUUUUUUGUCCGACAUAAAUACUAAAAAUAUGAGCCGCCCUUCAUAUAUCCAUCCUUAACUCUUACCUAGCAUCCAUCAAACAUUCUGAAAGCACAAUUGUUGCAACCGCUGGGAUUAUUAUACUCCCUCCAUCCCAAAUUACUUGUCGUGAAGAUAGAUAUAAAUGUAUGUAUCUAGAACUAGAGUACAUCAUACAUCCAUUUCUACAACAAGUAAUUCCGGACAAAGAGAGUAUUACUGUCACUUCUGAGAAAUUUAACUUCAUACAUCUCUGACUAGCGUAUUAGAAAGAAGCCCCAAACUGGACCGGAGGCAACUACAUUUUCCACAUUACAAGACGUUCCAAAUAUGAUUCACACAAUUUCUUGAAACCCCAAUUCACGCAAUAUUUCACAUAGUACUAGAAUGCACAUUAUCUGACAGCCAGUGGUACUCUUCAGUUUUCGGAUUCCCAAACAAGUCUUAAAUAAAUCA